AUGGUUAAGAAUGGGGUUUUGAGAAAAAAAAUCUUUCGACUCGCGGCUUGUUCGAACUUCGUACCAGUACUACUACUAUACUGCAUCAAAUGCAUAAACUCGGGCAAGGAAUACGUUGGAGCAACCCAACGAAACGUUAAAGAACGAACAUACCAACACUUCACCGAUGUCAUGCGUCUCCUCUACGGGAAACGCAAGUCAGAUUCAUAUGCAAGACACUUCGCCAACGAAUUCCAAAACUUCGCACCUCCUUCACCAUUCCGACUUAACGGCGACAUUCAAAGGAACAGCAUCGAAAUUAGCAUCCUAUGGCAAGGCAACCCCAUCAGCACUGUCAAGACCUUCGCGACACGACACUGCAGCCUAUGCAACAGGGAGCGACUCGAGAUACUGAAACGAUCCAGAGAAUCACCAGAAAAGCUGAUCAACUCCUGCAACGAAAUAUACGGAGCAUGCCGACAUAAACCUCAAUUUCAUAAGUACCACAAUAGCCCAAGCACUGAUGAUUCCCAAGGGGGAUGA